AAAGUUACGAAGACUGGACAUGCGCGCGAGGAUGCUGCAUUCCAAGGCUCCGAGAUGAGAAGGACGCGCCGAUAUCAGCAACAAUGCAGCAUCCAACCAUCUUCUGCGGUCACCACGACAAUGCCCCACGCCGUCCCCCCAUCCCAACCCCAAUCCCCCCGUCCCUCCAAGGCCACCACCUCUACGUAAACGACGGCCUCCUCCACCCUACCCAAGUCUCCCGCCUGCGCCCGUCGUCCCCCACCCUCCCCCUCGACGAACUGCGCCGCCGCUACCAAGAAGACGGCUACCUCUUCCUCAAAGCCCUACUCCCACGCGCCGACGUGCUGCGCGCGCGAGAAUCCUACUUUCGCAUGCUCGCCCCCAGCGGCGUCCUCAAGCCCUCGACGCCGCCCGUCCUCGGCCAAUUCGACUCCUCCAAGCCCUCCUCGUCCUACCCGGGCAUCGGCGCCGGUGCCACGCCCAACAACGGGAAGCCCGGCGCCGACGCUACCGCUUCCCUCUUCGUCGAUCUAGCGCUGCAGGCACAUUAUGCGCCCUGGUACAAGGACGAGUUUUGUAAACACCCUGCCCUGAGGGAUUUUGUCGCAGAGUUGACCGGGUGGGGGCCCGAUACGCUGAGUGUGAAGCGCAGUUUGCUGAGGAAUAAUACCCCCGGCAAUAAGGCGAUUGGGGUGCAUUACGAUCAGAUUUUUCUGAGAAAGGGCGAGGAUACGAGUGUUACUGCUUGGGUGCCGAUGGGGGAUAUAAGUUUGACCGGGGGCGGGCUGAUUUAUCUUGAGAAUGGACAUCAUCUUGGGAGGGAGAUUGAAGAGGAGUUUACGCGCCGGGCACGGGAAUCAGGGUUGACCGAGGAGGAGACCAAGAAUGCGUUUAAUAAGAAUAUGAUGUCCAAUGGCUUGCUUGCUGAUGGGCCGAAAGAGUACUCGGAGACCUUUGGAAGGAGGUGGCUGGUUACGGAUUAUGAGGCGGGGGAUGUGGUGUUGCAUACGCCCUAUACUAUCCACGCUUCAACGAUGAAUUACGAUUCCAACGACAUCAUUCGAGUGGGUACGGAUUUGCGCUUCGUAAAUGCAAGCAAGCCUUGGGACAAGCGAUGGGACAAGGAUUACGAAUUUGAUGACGGAGUUUGAGCUCGACACCUUGAGCUAUCCAUUUCGCAUUUUUCAACUUGGGGG